AUGUUGUACAGAUGGCUCUAUGUCCCCCGUGGUUGUGCAGCUCUCUACGUUCCUGUGCGCCAUCAACAUCUGAUCCGGACGACGCUUCCAACAUCCUGGGGCUUUAUUGCGGAUCCCACGUCAUCCACGGCGGACAAGCCGAAUAUUCUGACGCCGGUUGGGAGCCAACGGUCUGCCUUUGAAGAGCUCUUCCAAUUUGUGGCUACGAGCGAUGAUGCGGCUUAUCUGACUGUCCCUGAUGCCGUCCGCUUCCGAACUGACGUGUGCGGCGGACAUGACGCUAUCUUCAAAUACCUUGAGGAGCUUGCCAUCCAAGGCGGUGACAUUGUCGCAGCUGCACUCGGCACGGACGUCCUGCAGGAGCCCGAUCUUCGGGCCGGGGAUAAGAGCAAGCUCCGUCGGUGCGGAAUGUCCACAGUCCGAUUACCGAUUCCUGUUGGUGGACAGGAGGAUGGAAAGUUGUCGUCACCUUAUCCUCCGGUGGCUGCUGAGGAUGUCAGCAAGGUGGUGCAUUUCCUGCAGGUAACUUUGAACGAUGAGUUUGGAACCUUCGUUCCAGUUUUCCAACAUGGUGAUUGGUUAUGGACGCGUCUGUGUGCUCAAGUAUAUCUGGAGCCAAAGGACUUUGAGUGGUUAGGAGGAGUGUUGAGGGGUUUGGUUGAGAGGGUCAGGAAGGGAGAAUACCUCGCAUAA